CGCCUCCAGUCCGCAGGGCCAGGAAGCGCGGAAAGAACCGCCCGGGGCCAUGGACGGCGCGGUGAUGGAAGGGCCGCUCUUCCUGCAAAGUCAGCGCUUCGGGACUAAGAGAUGGAGGAAGACCUGGGCGGUGCUCUACCCGGCCAGCCCCCAUGGGGUCGCACGCCUCGAGUUCUUCGACCACAAGGGGUCGAACUCUGGAGGUGGCCGAGGGGGCUCUCGCCGCCUGGACUGCAAGGUGAUCCGUCUGGCCGAAUGUGUGAGCGUGGCCCCCGUGACUGUGGAGAGCCCCCCAGAACCUGGCGCCACUGCCUUCCGCCUGGACACGGCGCAGCGCUCGCACCUGCUGGCAGCCGAUGCACCGUCCAGUGCCGCCUGGGUGCAGUUGCUGUGCCGAAACGCCUUUCCGAAGGGCAGCUGGGCACCGGUGCCUGCCGAGAACCCUCCGCAGCUUUCUGCGCUGAAGAUGCUGGAGAACUCGCUGUACAGCCCCACCUGGGAAGGGUCCCAGUUCUGGGUCACCGUGCAAAGGACAGAGGCUGCCGAGCGCUGUGAGCUGCAUGGCUCCUACGUGCUGAGGGUGGAGCCCGAAAAGCUCACUCUCCUGACAGUGGGGGCCCAGAAUCAGCUUCUGGAGCCCCUUCUUUCCUGGCCCUACACUCUGCUGCGUCGCUAUGGCAGGGACAAGGUCAUGUUUUCUUUUGAGGCGGGUCGCCGCUGCCCCUCUGGCCCUGGAACUUUCACCUUCCAGACUGCACAGGGAAAUGAUAUCUUCCAAGCAGUUGAGAGUGCGAUCCACCGGCAGAAGGCCCAGGGAAAGGCAGGACAGGCACACGAUAUUCUCCGAGCCGAUUCUCAGGAAGGAGAGAUGGCAGAGGGGAAGCUGGCUUCCCCUCCCGGCCCCCAGGAGUUGUUGGGCAGCCCCCCAGCCCUGUAUGCUGAGCCCUUAGACUCCCUACGCAUGCCUCCAGGCCCUGCCCAGGACUCCCUGUAUUCAGAUCCUCUGGACAGCGCUCCUGCUGGGGCAGGCCAAGGGCAACAACUGAAGAAACGUCUCUACUGGGACUUGUAUGAGCAUGUGCAGGAGCAGUUGCUGAAGACCAAAGUGACAGACACCAAAGAGGACCCCAUCUAUGAUGAGCCGGAAGGCCUAGCCCCAGCCCCUCCCCGGGGCCUUUACGAUGUGCCACAGGAGCCCAAGGAUGCAUGGUGGUGCCAAGCUCGGGUGAAGGAGGAGGGCUACGAGCUCCCCUACAAUCCUGCCACUGAUGACUAUGCUGUGCCACCUCCUCGGAGCACCAGAUCCCUUAUGGCUCCCAAGACCCAGGGCCCGGCCUUCCCCGAACCUGAGAUUACAACCGGCAAAGGCAGCAAAGGCCAUGGCUCAGACACUGUCCUCUAUAGCCAAGUCCAGAAGUGUGGAGCUUCGGGCAGCUAGGACUGUGGGCAGUCUAGGGCAGGGAGCGCCAGGAUUGAGUUCCAGUUGGUGGGCUCCACCGGAUAAGCACAGCAAAGCUGGGGUUGCUAAUGGAAGGGAGGUGGCACUGGGGACCAAAAAACCUGUUAGAGCCAGUGUGAGCCCAGGGGAGCAGAGGACUGGAGAUGGAAGUCCAGGGGAACUGGAUCCGUCCUAGGAAGUCCUGGGAAGUGGACUAGCUGGCAAGGCUGGAUGAUGGGCUCCAGGGAGGUCAGCCCAGCCCCUCCUCAAGAAACAGACAGUUGCUGGACCAAGUCCACAGAAAGGGGAACUUGGUCAGAGGGGACAGUUUUGGGGGUGCUGUAUGAAGGCUGAAGGCAGCUAACUACUGGACUGUGCCUGGAUCCUUAACCCUGUGUGGUUCUUUGCCUUAACCCUAUAUGGUUCUUUACAUUUAAAAUGUAAAGAUUCUUAUUAAAGUCAACUUGGAUUUCA